UGCACUUAUCCACUCGUAAUCUGACGGUGCUCCACCCUCUCCAUCGCUUUCAUCUCUCCAUCUGUUACUGUCCCACGCGUGGAGAGGAUUUCAGCACCGGGACAGAUCCUCGAGGCAUCAUGGCGACAGAGUUUCACAACCUCCAGGAGUUGCGUCACAGCGCAUCUCUGGCCACCAAAGUCUUCGUUCAGAGAGAUUACAGUGACGGCACCGUCUGCAAAUUUCAGACCAAGUUUCCCGCAGAGCUGGACAGUAGAAUCGAAAGGAGCUUGUUUGAAGAAACCGUAAAGACCCUCAACUGCUUUUAUUCAGAAGCCGAGAAGAUCAGCGGCCCAUCGUACCUGGAAGGCUGUCUGGCCUGUGCUACGGCUUACAUCAUCUUCCUGUGCAUGGAGACACGCUAUGAAAAGAUCCUGAAGAAGAUCAGCAUGUAUGUCCAAGAGCAAAAUGAGAAGAUCUAUGCACCCAGAGGUUUGCUGUUGACAGACCCCAUCGAGAGAGGCAUGAGAGUGAUCGAGAUCUCAAUAUUCGAGGACAGCGGCUCCAGCAGUUCCAGUUCCAGUGCAAGUUCUCCAUCCAGCAGCCCAGCACAAUGACUGGAGGAGCAGCACCAGGGGUACGGGUACAGAGGGGCCAGUACAUUGGCCAAAAUCCGCAUGUUGAAACAUGAGAGCACCAGAUUUUAAAGAGAGAGAAGCAAAGUACCGCUCACUCUUUUAAAAGAAAUGCAAAGCCAGAAGCCCUCCUCCCCCUAUCAUUUUCUUUAUUUCAUCCUCCCCUGCAUUUCCAUUAGGGAGGGACACAAUCUCCGUCAGACACCCUGAAUGCUGAAAAUGAGUAUGAUAGACAGAAUGCGUCACACAGGUAUUUUCAUUUAGAUUUUUCUCUGUUACCUUGUCUCGGAUUUGUGUGGACUAUGUGUCACCACCUCUUAAGGGACUAGCUGUGUUUUACUAUAGCCAUUUAGUAGAGCGUGGCACUAGCAACAUUAAGGUUGGGUUUUAAAACAUUGUUACAAGCUUAAAACACUUAAACUAGAUUUCAAGGUCUAGACUAGUGGUCUCCAACAUGGUGCACAGAGUCUGUGGGUUGCCCACCAAAGCAAAUUCUAUUUAUAGCCUCAAUUUUAAUAUUUGUUAAAUAUUUUUAUAUUAGCUUGGCUUCCUUUAUGCAUGUUAAAGCUCACGUAACACACGCUGUUUCUGUAUUUCUGAUGUUAAUCUGGAGUACCUAUAGAGUAGUAUUACAUCCUUUAUAUCUCCGAAGAGUCUUUAGUUUAAUCAGAUUUAUAAAAGAAAGAUUAGCUUUAUCGAUUCUAACUUUACUACUGCGGGAGGAACAAGUACGAGUCAUGCAACACUAUACAACACUGUUUAACUUAUGAUUCACUACAUGUUUGUGUAAUUUAUAUAAUAUGCAUGCACCUAUUUCCAACAUAAGACAGAAUCUUACUUAGCACAUGCAACUCGUCAUGACCCGGUUGGGAAAAUCCAGCGCAUCAAACACACGCAAAACUCCUCUGCUACCCCGGAUAAUAAACUAUAUCCAUUGUUUCCAUAAUGCUGGCUUUCUUCUCCUUACAUCCAGAAACACACUUCUUCUUUCGUGCCAUUGUUGAGUUUUGAAUUUAAACAAGCUGUGUCCCUGAUCUGAUGUUUGCAAGUUUUAGCAUCUCCCGCUGAUUGACGGGUGGGCAGGGUUUUCCGGGGGAAGUGCCCAUAUAAAGAAGUGAUACGUAUAGAAAACCCCUGAAACGUCAGUUGGACCUGAAAUCGAAAAAAACUUUCAGAAACUUGUACGAACCCUGGCGAAGUGCAUUCGGCAUCGAAAUAGUCUGUAACACGCCCAACUGCUUUUUUGACACUUUAGCAUGAGGAAACAACUCUAUGGGCCCUAUUUUAACGAUCUGAAACGCAAGUACGAAGCGCAAAGCGCAAGUGAGUUUGUGGGCGGAUCUUGGGCGCUGUUGCUAUUUUCCCGGCGUGAGAAAUAACUUUGCCGGGCGCAAAUCAAUAAGGGGUUGGUCUGAAGUAGGUUCAUUAUUCAUAGGUGUGGUUUGGCCGUAACGUCAAAUAAACCAAUCAGAACGCUAGCCAACAUUCCCUUUAAACGCAAGGGCGCAAGUUCCAUGGCGGGUUGCUAUUAUUAUGACGGAUUUACCAGGCGUACGCCAUGAGCGGUUCACAGCCGAGGAGACCCACGUUCUUGUAAGAGCAGUCAAAGACAGAGAAGUUGUUUUGUAUGGGGAUAGGAGAAACCCACCCAAAUCAGCGUAGGUUAAACAGGCGUGAGAGGAAAUAGCCACAAUUGUCUCAUCAGCUGGCAUCCCCAUCGUUGCGCCAAGCGCUACAAUGAUGUCAGGAGACGGGGGAAUCCCAAGCUUGCCAGCAUAAAUCGGGCACGCCGUGUAACGGGAGGUGAAUCUGCCUACACACAUGACCUGACCCCAUGCAGAGGACAUCGCUGCGUCCACCCUCACCGCUGAAAGGGUUUGGGGGCUUUGAAAUCGGACCCAAGAAACGCAAGCAGUCCAACCCCAAAGUAAUCUUACAAAUCAAGUUUAUAUACAUUAAGGUUUCUUAUGAAAACAUUUUAAUUAUUAUUUACAUAAAAUAAACGUAAUACAGCCACACAACAAACUUAUGAAAAUAUUUUAAUCGUUAUUUGCAUGAUAAUAUUUUUAACGCAGCCACACAAUAAAUACAAACUAUCACCACAAUGCUCACCACUAUGAUUCCCCUUAUCUCGUGUAUUAAUAUUUUUAAGUGUAACAAUUUAUGAUUUGCAAAAAUAACUGUUGCAUCUGUGUAGAUUAGAUGCAAAGUGUAUGCGCGUUGUGCACGCUAUACAUUAUGGUCAAGCAUGCGCCCUUAAAAUAGCAUAAUGAACCACGCGCAACGCGCCACUGACUUUAAACUUUUUUUUUCUGGUCAGUGGUGCAAUUGUUUUUUGAAACUGCAAAAUAUCAUCAGGGAUGGUUUGCGCCGGAACACGCCUCUAUUUUUGCGCUGAACCGCCCAGGGAGCACAAGUUCAUUCCCUAGUUUGCCUAGUUUGUGGAGGGAAAAACCCGCUGUUCGCCGGUGCAAAAUACGAAUGAUACAUGCGUCACUGACAAAGUCAAUUGCGCUGGGUGCAAGAUAGGGCCCUAUAACUGUGUUAAUAAUAUUCAGAAUGCUUGAAAUACAAUUGAACCACCCCUUUAACAUUUUAAACAAUGAUAAAACAAUCAACAAGUAAAACAAAAUAAAACCAACAAGUACAAUAAAAACGUUUUGAGUAGACUAUAUCAAAAGGUAGCUCUCCAGAUUGUUUUGUUAUAGCCCAUGCUCACCAAAAGGUUGGAGAUCCCUGGUCUAGACACUUUGAAACCCUGUUCACGAUUUUGAUAUUUUUUUAUGUGUGAAGCAAAAAACAUUUAUACAUUGCAAAUAUGCUAAAUUCAGAGAUAAAAUCUGCUCUUAUGGGAAUGCAUUUCAGGAGAUAAAUGUACAACAACUAGUUUGCAAAAAUCAAAGAAUUCAGGAAGGUACAGGAAAGAUCUCAUUUUGUAUAACUCACAUUGUGCAAACAUUUAACUAGGCCUUUCCUCCUUAGGCCAUUCCAUAAUCCAUCCUUGAAUUAGAUUUUGUUUAACCUCAUCCUCCUGAUCAAUCAUAUUUAGCAGUGUCUCAUUCACUGGCAAUCCUGACUCCAUGCAGUACUCGAGGUUCAAGUUGUCCAUGUCAGUUCCAGCAGUCGUUGGUUUUGUGGACAACAUGCUCAGCAAAGUCCUUCUCUGGUCUCAUGUGAUGAAGCAGAAAUGCAAACAGCAGACCUUUUAGAAAGAUGUUUUUAUUUACUUUUUUUAAUAAAACCCAGUGUGUGCUUGUUCUGGAAGCCAGCGUGGAGGUCAGUGAUGGAAAUGAGCCUUAGAUAGAGUUUAUUUUGACUGAUCGGGUUCAGAGAAAAUUGACUCGCCAGCUGUUCAGAACGAGCUGCGAGAUUUUUCUUCAGUGCUCCUGCUGGUUUCUCAGAGGCAAUGAAUGCAGGAAUUUAAUGUUCGCCUGACAGGACGGCCCGGGCCUGUGCACUUCAACUUAAUGGAGUUUUUAUUUUUUUCAAUUCAAAAGAAAUGUAUAAACAUACUUAGUUGAGAUGAAUUAAUGUAAAGCAAGGAUGUAGUCCUUUAAUGAACAUAUUGACAAUAAGCCACUAAUAUCAAUAUUAAAGGACACAUCAAAUGUUUAUGGUGCUUAUAUUAUUAUUGUACUGCUUUGGUUAGUGCAAAGAGUCAGUGUUAAAAUUGUUCACCCAAAAUCUAAAGUUUUAUACGGAAUACUUAUGUUGCUCUGAUAUUUUUUGGUAUAGUCCUUUUAUUGUAGACAAAACUUCAGAUCAGACCUUGUGCCUUACAUCUUUUGUCUCUCGGAUGAAAGACCACAUUGAGUUUUCGAGUGAAUCAUUCCUUAAAGGUGCUAAAGAAUGCAUUGUAAUAAUCUGUUAAAUUGUUCUCUGAUAUCUACAUAGAAGGUUUGAGGCUUUAUUAAGUUCAAAAAUGAUCCAGAGACAGUUUUACAGUCAAUUUACAACCCUAGGAUUUGCCUUUAGAAUAAAAUUGUCUAUUAUUACCUUAUUUGGAAGGGUCAUGAAUAAUAAUGUUCAGCUCUGCUCUGAUUGGCUGUUUCUCCUUCAGUAGCUCUGUGUGUGUGUAAACAGAUCUUAUGUUUGAGUCUGUAUCAGAUUUUGAGGAAUAAUCAAUUGUUUGGAGAUUGUUAAUGGACGUUUCUGAGUGGUAAGUUUGUGUUUUUUUUUAGUAUGGACCUGCAAAACGUAACUGUAACGCCAAUAGUAGAACUUCAGCCUAAACGCUAGCAUAUAGCAUUAACUAGCAUAUAGCGCCACUAACUCAGCAGUCACAAGUUUGUUUUUAGCAUUUGUAACAACAUUGUACUUAAUUUAAUGUUGGGGGCGUACAUCUCGACUGUAACGUCCAGGUCGGUGCUAUGUUGAGAUUUUCCAGCGGUCUUUUGCAUGCACAAGGUUUACAUAAGAAGGAAACAAUCAUGUUUAAGGCUUUACCAUGUACAGAGCUCUUCUUAUUCAUCUAGGCCUAGAUAAAUACAGUUUUCCAUUCUACGGCACCCUUAAAAAAAAUAGAAAGAAAGCUGUGCAUUUCUGUUCAAAGGUUCAUUGUUCCAAAUAUGAAAACCACUCUUGUUUCAGACAUGCGUGCAUGUUAACUCACUUCACUACUUCAUUUAAAUUCAUUCUUUCCCACUUUUAUUUUCAAUUUUCCACCUGGCUGUGCUAAACUCACUCUUGAGCUUCUAGCCGAGAUCUUAAGUACUGUAGCAGACAUACAGAUUCUGUGCCUGGUCCCUUCAUGUUUCACUGCUGUUGAGAUAGUACCCACCCUGGCGCUGAUCCAUCACAACCGCUGACUGCCAGAGAGACGGCUGUAUAUUGUACAUGACUUGCACAAAUAAUGCAUGAGAGUAUUUGUGUAGCUGUGGAGUAAACGAAAACUCUACAGGUGUAACGAUGGAGCCAUUUAUGAUAUAUACACAGUAUAUCUCAUAAAUUAUAUUAUAUGAUAUAUUAGGUAAACUUUUCUGCUAACUGGAUGACAGCUUUCAGAGAAGUUACUUAAAAAAGAUUUUUAGUUUUUUUUAACUGGCUGCAAAUUGAAAAUAGACUUGGUUUGACUGUUGGAUUUUGACUGUCAUGAUGGAGUGUGAGUAUUUAUUUACAUUACAACAUUUAGGGUCUGAAAGGGCCCUGGGCUGUUUCAUACAUCAGUAAAACAUAAAAAUGUAAGUUUCAUUAAAAAGACAUAUUGUACAUUAACAUGUGUUUAUAUGGACAAGCUUGCUAUUUUGGUCAGGUCAUACAUUAUUCAUAUGAAGUGUCAGGCUGUUAGUGGCUGAUGUGUGCCAUGCCAUGUGUUUUCCAGAAUAUUCACUUCUCAUUUAUAUCAAACACUUGAGCGUGCAUGCGUGCGUAAGAUGAACAAGUGUAAAGAAAUAGUUGUAUGUUAAAAAAAUCUUUCAUAUUGCUAAAUACUUAUAUACUACUUUUGUACUAUAGAUCGAAAACACUUUGAAGUGAAUCAAAAGUGAUCAUGUCUUCCUGAUGUAAAACUUUACGUUUACUGUUUGUAUUUCUUUUGGAAAUACCACAAACUUUCUGGCAUAAUGCUGCUAAAGAGACAAGUUUAUCUGUAUUUAUAUACACAUUUAAAUGAACAAUAUUUAAAAAUCGAGCAGCUGUUUAUAUAUUAUAUUUCAUUAGUUACAUAGUUACAUUGCACUUGUGCCAGGUUUACACUACAGGAUUUUUGCUCCGAUUUUCGCCUCCUGAGAAUCUGAGAGCUCCAGGACCUCGAUCAGUUCAGAUGUUUAGCUCAUAUUAUCUUGAGAGAUGUUUACAGAUCAAACUGUGCCAACAACAUGACUGAACAACACAUCUGUUAAAGACAGCUUAUGAGAAAACACCUCGGUUAUAAACAGUGGGUUAGUGUUGAAAGCUGCUAGCGUACUCGCUAGAGAAUGUAAACUACUACACAAAAAAAUAGUAAAAAUUCUUUGCUGCCUUAAAUUUUUCAACUUAGAUUUACAAGUCAUUUCAACUUACUAUUAUUUAUCUUGACAAGAAAUGAACUGCUAGAACUUAUAAAAUAUAGUUGAUAAAACAUUUUAUAACAACUCAUCUAUAGUUAUUACAACUCAAAAAUGUAUCUCAAAGGAUAAAUGAACAUUAAACACUAACACGUCUUUCUUUUUGGUUAAAACAGAUAAAAAAUAGUGUUUAAUUUCAAAAUUUACUCUCCAUAUGCCAUCCUAUGCAAAGCAUGCUGGGAACUACAAGUCCACUGCCUAGUUAGUUAUGUCUACUAAAAACAUUCAUUUAGUUUCAACACAAAAUUAUUAAGUUAAUUUCCUUCUUACAAAUUUAAGUAAAUUGUACAUAAUAAAAAUAAGUUGAAUUUAUGCAAUAAUGUGUUAAUUUAGAAUUACUCAAAUUACUCAUAUUUUUUGUUAUUUUUAUUAAAAUUUUGUUUAAAAAAAACAAUAUAUAUAUUUUUUUAAAUAGAGUUUACUCAUUUUAUUUCAUUUAAUUUACUAAGACACAAUCAUUUUUUACAGUGUACCACUACUACAGUACUACUACUACUACUAUUACUACUACUACUACCACUACCACCACUACCACCACUACCACCACUACCACCACUACCACCACUACCGCCACUCCCACAUCACUACAACUUCCACCACCACCACACUACUACUAUGAAUAAUAGUAAUAAUAAUAAUAAUAAUAAUAAUAAUAAUAAUAAUAAUAAUAAUAAUAAUAAUAAUAAUAAUAAUAAUAAUAAUAAUAAAAAUAAAAAUAU